AUGAACGGCUCGGCGGUGGGCUCUGAGGGAGGCUGGCAGCCCGAAUCGGUCAUCAUCCCGCUGGUGUACCUCAUCAUCUUCCUCCUGGGCACGGUGGGCAACUGCCUGGUCCUGGCCGUGCUGCUGCGCAACGGGCAGGUGAAGAACACCACCAACCUCUUCAUCCUCAACCUUGGGGUGGCUGACCUCUGCUUCAUCUUCUUCUGCGUCCCCUUCCAAGCCACCAUCUACACCCUGGAGGGCUGGGUGUUUGGACCCUUCAUGUGCAAGGCCGUUCACUUCUUCAUCUACCUCACCAUGUACGCCAGCAGCUUCACCCUGGCCACCGUCUCCCUCGACAGGUAUUUGGCCAUACGAUACCCCCUCCACUCAUAUGCCCUCACGGCCAUCUGCUUCAUCUGGGGGCUUUCCUUCAUCUUCUCAGGCCCUUACCUCAGCUACUACCAGGAAUUCCAGUUGGCCAACCUGACUGUCUGCCACCCCAUCUGGGAGAUCUCCCAGCGCAAGGUCAUGGACAUGUGCACCUUCAUCUUCAGCUACAUCAUCCCAGUGCUGAUCCUGAGCCUCACUUAUGUGCGUACUAUUCACUACCUGUGGAGGUCCGUGGACCCUCUCCAAGACAUGUCAGAGUCCAAGAAGGCCAAGCGGAAGGUCACCAGGAUGAUCAUCAUUGUAGCCAUCCUGUUUUGCCUCUGUUGGCUGCCCCAUCACCUGGUCAUUCUCUGUGUCUGGUUCGGGUACUUCCCCCUCAAUCAUGCUACGUACAUGCUUCGCAUCCUCUCGCAUCUCAUCUCCUACGCCAACUCCUGCGUGAACCCCAUCGUCUACGCCCUGGUCUCCAAACACUUCCGCAAGGGUUUCAAGAAGAUCUUCAUCUGCCUCUUGCACAAGAAGGCAGCCAACAAGGUGCACGUGGCCCAAGUGACAAACACUGUCAGCACACUGGAGGCAGAGCUCAGUGAGGUGACCCACAUCAGCAAAGCCCUGCCUGGGCACUCCUCCCUGUGCUGCGAGGUCCCAGGCCAGCCCCAGGGGGUGACAGAGCCGGUGGGACAUCAGCAGAACACAGAUGACUCCUCCAUCACCUUCAGUGUCACCUAG